AUACCCAUGAUGCAGCGCGGCUCAGUCCGGUCGCCAUGAUUCUAGCGCUGUGCAGAUGUUUUCAGCUCAGACUGACGAGGUUUGAAGCUAAGCUAACGGCCUGAAGCUCUGCACUUAAAACAGUUUCAAUGCGCUCAUCGACGUUAUAGAGAUUCCAUAAUCUCCAAGAUAACACACAAUCUUGGGUUAUGGCGACCAAUACCGAGGACGAUGAGUUUGAUGAAUAUAAGCCUGGUGCUGAGAGGUCAAGAAGACGGAGAGGAGAAGAUGAUGAUUUGGAAAGUGAUCUGGAUGAGGGAGACUUACUUGAAGAAGAUUGGCUUUCAUCUAAAAAGAACCCCUCAGAGAUGUCAGAUGAGGAGCUAAACGAUGACCUCUUACAAAGUGAUGAAGAGGACCAAAACACAAGUGCUCAGGGUGAGGUUGUGAGUUUAAACGCCACACUGGGUCUGGGCUCGUCUGGUCACCUUCAAGAUGAAGACCCUGAUCGAGGCGGAUAUACCGAAUACGCCUAUGAAGAGACAGAGGGCGGCCAACCGGGUUUCUCUCAGGGUGGGGAGUAUGAGGGAGAAAAUGAAGGGGUGGAAUACACAGCAGACCAGAACUAUGAAGUAUAUCAAGAUGAAGUGCUGGAACUACAGAUCGACGAGCCACUGGAAGACGAUUUUCAAGUGGAUGAAUACCCGACUGAGUAUAGUGAAGAGCAGACUGACCGACAGGAAGUGCCUGAAGAGGAGGAGCAUGAGGAGGAAAUUGAGGAGCAGGACAACUCUCAGCUCACAGAAUUAGAGGAGGUGGAGAAUGAAAACGAUCCAGAAGCUGAGGCCGAACCGGACGCCGAUGUGAAGGAGGAAUCUGAUGAGGAAGAGGAAGAUCUUGAAGAAUCUGGCCGUCUGAGAUUUAAGACAGAGCGCAAAGAUGACACCGUGGUCAGACUGUCUGAUACCACCAGUAAAAGGAGGAACAUCCCAGACACACUAGAGCUCUCUGAUGCAGCUAAAGCAGACCUGCGUGAGUUUGAGGAAAGGGAACGUCAGAGGAAGCAGGGCCGUUUUGGAGGACGAGGGAGAGGAGCAGAUGGAGGGAGGGGAGGAAUGGCAGGUAGAGGUGGGAUCAGGGGAAGGGGAGGAGCAGGAGGACGAGGAGCCGGAGGAAGAGGAGAUUUCCCUCUGUUUGGAAUGGGAGGUUUCCGUGGCGAUGGAGUUGGAAGUCGAGGGAGAAUAAAUGAGCAAAGGCCUCCGCUGAUGCAAGUGAACUUAGGAAUGCAGCAGCAGCUCAGAAUGACUCCUCCGCUUCAGCAUCACCACCAUCAGUCUCGUCUGCCUGGUCCCAGAGGCAGUGGAGGUCCCGGGCUAUUCCCGGAUCCGGGCACCCCAAUUCCUCAGCAGCCGCUGCAGCUGAUGACGCCUCGUCUGACCCACCAUUCCCCAGGGCCCAGAGCACAACACGACACACACGUACAACGCUUGUUGAACUCGCCACCGCGGCACCCACGAACACAUCCCAACCAACAUCAACAGCAUCAGCAGCAUCACCCCAAGAACAUUCACAUCAACCCUCACUUCAGAGGACCCUCCUCCUCACCUGUGCAAGUUCCCUCAAUGCCUCCUGUGCAGAACCAACCGAGGCCUAACGUCGCUUCACAGAGACUCCCGGCUCCUCCUGAUUUCCAGCAGCAUCUUCAAGGGAAUUUUGGCCCACCUCAACGGCCUCUGCCCCCCCAGGAUCAAUGGAGAGGACCACCACAACAUCAUCAGGAUCCAGAGCACUUCUUCCCUGCUGAACCACGUUUUUCAGGCCAGCACAUGUUUGACCAGCCAGGCCCUGCCCCCCUCAUGAAUAACAGUGUUCUUCCGAUAUCGUGCCAAGGCCCUCCAUCUUUCCCCCCACAAGGGGGGCUUGGAAGUCCUGGAUUUGGUUCUCUGGGGCUCAGGCAAAAUCAAGGGCCUCUGGGAGGAGGUAUUUUCCAGAGAGAGCCCCCUCCAGGCCCCCCUGGUCCCCGUGGCUUCGUGGGUCACAGACAGCCCUUCUCGCCCCAACAGCAGGGGCCCCCCUUUAGCCCCCAGCACAUGCCGUUUGGUAUGCAGGUACGCCAGAGAGGUCUAAUGCAGCAGCCCCUACAUCAUGAUCUGCCACUGUCCCAUCAACCCUUGCACCAGCAACACAGACAGGACUUGCCCCCCCAGGGUCUGCCUCACUCCCAGCCUCCACCCCAACACCAACAGCACCACCAACACCACCCAAGGGACCAACAUCCCAUGGUGCACCUCUCCCAGCCCCUCUUCCGCCAGUCGAUUCAAAGUGGCCACAGACAGAUGCAGUCCCGACCACAGGGCAACCAGCAGCGAAACAACCAUGCCAGACCCAAAAUGACGCCUCCAUCUCCACUGCAGCAGAUUCCUCCUCAACGCAACAGCAAUCUCCGUGAGCUGCCUAUCGCCACAAGCAACAACAAUAACCGCCCGCCAGUGCCUGGUGGGCAAGCAAAGCCUGUUACCAGGGCUACACCGAAUGUAAGGCAAGGGCCGGCUGCUCGUGCUGGACCAGCAGGAAGAGGAGGAUCUGUGGCACAGGGGCAGGGAGCUGCCAAAGCACCAGAGCAGCCCAGUGUGCCCGAGAUGAAGAAAGAGUGUCCAGCUGCACAGUCAAGCACCACUCCAGAGGACCCAGAUGAAGAUGAGGAGACGCGUCAGUACAGACUGAAGAUUGAGGAACAGAAGCGUCUGCGAGAGGAGAUCCUCAAGCGCAAAGAGCAGCGCAGGCAGAUGCAGGCUGGGAUGCGCAAAAAAGAACUGAUGGAACGGAUCAGUGGCCAGAACCCAAACCAGACUCCACAAACUCCAAUCCCCACACCCAACCCAACCCCAGCAGCCCAACCCCCACAGCCGGUCCCUUCACUGAUCUCUAACGGAACACCCCAGAACCCUUCGACAGGUCUUAGUUCCCCUCGUCCAAAUGUGAAGGCCCGUCUGCAGAACACUAAACCUCUGGCACAGACUUCAGGUUGGUCUGGGCCGCAGAAGCAGCCGAGCGCUGGUCCUGAUGCCAGCCAGCAGGGCCAAUGGCAACCGCAGCAGAAGAGGACCAUGACCCCACAAAACACUCAAAGACAAGGUGCUGCUCAGACCAGCCCACUAGAAGGGCCACUGGGUCAGCCUCAACCUGGAGGAAAGAGAACAGUGAUGCAAAGAGCUAGCAGCAUCGAAUCUCCUCAGGUUCCACAGAAAGUACGUGUAGUUAAGCUUCAGGGAGAGCAGGCAGAUGCCGGUCCCAACACUGGUCCCCCACAGCAGCAGCAACAACCAAUCGGUCGGCCUGCCCCCCAACAGAGACUUGGUCCCAUCAGAAAGGUUACCAUGGCAACUGGUGGUGUACAAAAUCAACAACAGGCUGGCCGUGGCACGGCAAACCAAACGAACCGGGUGGUAGUUCGGGGUCGGGCGCGAGGCCGUGGUGGGGGGCGUGUGAUGAUGCAGCAGAGCCCAAGAGCUCAGGAUUGUCAGAGAAGCACCGUUUGCAUUGAAGGUUUAUCCACCACCACAACCACCAAGCAGCUCAUGAACCUUCUCAACUCCAUCGGCCCUGUUGAGAUGUUUACAAUGGUGCCGGAGCAGCGGAAGGCCAUUGCAAAGUUUGUGAACCCUCAGCAUGCAGCAAGUUUUCAGCACAGCUUUCACAGGCACAUGAUAGAUUUGUCUCACAUCGAUGUUUCCAUUAUUGACGGCUGAGGUUCAAGCCAGUUCGACAACAGACAAGAUGACGAGAAGUGAGCGAGAAGAGAACGACUUUUUCUGAGGAGGCUAAAGCUUUGGGUGCUGUCGACGAACUCGAGCCACAUGCAUGAAAGAAUCAAAAACAAAGAGCCAAACACCAGCUGUGUCCUGUUGGAAAUGGCACAGCACUGAUCUCACAUUGUCAAGGACUUUUGGCAUGAAGUCUUGCUCUCGUUUCUGUACUUUCAUUUAUAUGUGGAGAGAUCAGUAAUGGUCUGAACCAGCAGCUGAAAAGAGAGAAGGUGGUAUGAAACCAGGACAUGUUUAUGCCAGCUGAUAAUAGUUGCUCUCAAGAUAAUCUUUUGAAUGUCUGUUUUUGGUCAAAUAGGAAUUCUUGAGUUACUGUGGAAUGACUUGAAGAAAGUGUUAAAGGGAUGGUUUGGCCUGAUUGAGGAUUGUUGCACAUGCUGCAGUAGGUUUUUUCAGCUGUAGAGGGCAGCAGAUGUCUUCGGUAUGUUGGGGCAUAGCUGUGGACAUCAGAGCCAAAAGCACUGCUUGCUAGAGACAUGUCAUCAGAGGCGUAUUUAUUUGGGUUGAGUUUUUUUUUUCUUGUUGCGUAUCUUUUAGAAGCCACUGUAAUAAUGCAGGCGUCUCUUUUUGUGUAUUUGUCUACGACUAUUCAUGAUCUUAAGUUUAUUCAUUGUCCCUUUCUCCAUUAUGAUUGUAUCGCAGUUGGGUUUUCUUCUAGAGAGCUGAAGUGAACACAACAGCUGGAAAACAAUUUGACAAUAAAUGGCUUUUAUAUUUUGAUUUUAGGUUUUGGUGCUAGAAUUGCAUAUUUAGAUUCUUUUAAUCGUCGUUAGAAAUGGCUUCUAAGAAAGUAUUAAAGGCAACCAGAAAGUCCCCUUCUUUGGUAAUACUCUUCUUUUAAUGCGUUUAGUUUUCAGCACAUGUUGUGUGGACGAGGAUUGCUGAGUCAUGGCCUGUGUGAUGAUUCCAUAGGAUUUUAUUGAAUGCUUACAAGAUGCAGGAUGUCCUGUGGUUAUUUGUUUGUGAAGAUACUGUUUGUAAUGAUAUGCUUAUAACGUUGGCUCAGUUAAUUGUUUUGAAGUUUGUUAGAUGGCUGAAUCUGAAUUGUGAGUUGUUAGGGAUAAAGACUGGUCAAGAUCAGCUUCUAAUAUCCGUUAUAUCCAUUUUCCCACUUUAUUUUUUUCGCUUUAGAUUUUUGGAAGGUUUUUUUUUUCUUCUCAGUCUCCAGUGAAUAUAUUACACUCCUUACAUUUCAUGGCUUCAAUCAUGAGUAUUCCAUGCCUCAAAUUGUUAUUAUAUCACCCAUUACUAUUUACAGUAGUAAUAAUAAUAAUAGUUUGUGGUACUGUGCAAGCAUAGUGCUUGGUCAUAUCUAAUUGUACAACUUAACCUAACAGAUAACUGCAUAACAAAAUCAAAUGAUCUUUUAGCCAUUUCAAUAGAAUAAAAUAGGUCUAUAGAUAUUAACACAUCCAGGUCUGCUAUUUCAAAGGAUUUGGGAGCAACUGUUAUCAGUGGUCACUUUCUUGUAUAUAAUGAAAAAAGAAAAAAAAAAAACCUUGUGUAUGAAGCUGUCAAGUCUGUUGUUUUCUCAUCUUGAAAUCUUUGUGUUUGAAAUCGUUUGAAAAUACCUACUACUACGUGACUGGUGAAUUUCCUUCCUCAAUUUGUUUUUAUAUAUCGAUAUAAAAAGUAUUCCUUGGUCAUUUUACAACAGUUUUGUUAUUGGAGAACUUAUUAUUUGAGGAUAUUUUAAAGAUGAAAAAUAAAAGAUGGUCACAUAUAUACCAUGUAAAUACGGUUAUGUGAAGCCAGCUGUCUUGAUCACCAUUAA